CUGUGUCCUGUGUUCACACCUGUUGCUCGUGACCCAGUGCCUCUGUUUCCUCCCCUGUGUGUCAGAUCAUUGCGUCCUGUGUGUACCCUGCAUCUCUUCUGUCUCCUGUGUUUUUGUUCUCCAUGUGGUUCCCUUGUGUUGUCUGUUGGACUUUUGGGGAUUUUUUGUGUUUUGACGUUUUGUUGGAUAAAUCUGCCUGCACAUGAGUCCUCCUCCCUUGUCUAAUUACACAAACAAAAUCUGUGACAGCUAUGCUGCCAUUACCCAUGCCAAUGAGCUAGAUCACUGCUGUGCACAUGUCAGGAGCACAAUUUAUCAUCCCCGGACGGAGUGAUGGAGUGGCAUCAUCCAUAGCCAAACACUUCCAAUAGUCUGUUUACAGAGGGUGCCUGCCUGCCAGGACCAGAGUCAGAAAAAGGUCGAGAGCAGCAGACGUCUGCGUUCCCAGGCAGGAGGAGGUGAAGUUUGAGGAUGUCAGACUGUACCUGGUGGAGAGGAAAAUGGGCCGCAGCAGGAGAAGCUUUCUGACCCAGCUGGCCAGGUCGAAGGGUUUUAUUGUGGAAGACGUCCUCAGUGAUGUGGUCACUCAUGUGGUGUCAGAGGACAUUCACACAUCAUCCCUUUGGGCCUGGCUGAAGGAGUGUGACCUGAAAAAUCUAUCCAACAUGCAUGUGCUGGACAUCAGUUGGUUCACAGACAGCAUGAGAGAGGGGAGACCUGUGGCUGUGGAGACCAGACAUCUCAUUCAGGACACACCAACAGAAGCUUCCAAACCUACUGCUAAGGUCGCCGUUUCCCAAUACGCCUGCCAGAGAAGGACAACUAUAGAAAACAACAACAAGACUUUAACAGAUGCUUUUGAAGUGCUGGCAGAGAGCUAUGAGCUGAACGAGUUUGAGGGUCCAUGUCUGGCCUUCAGAAGAGCUGCCUCUGUCCUAAAGAGCUUGCCCUGGGCGGUGCAGAGCCUGGGGGCCACUCAGGACCUGCCCUGCCUGGGAGAACACACCAAGGCAGUGCUGAAGGAGAUACUUCAAUAUGGCCAUUCGUUUGAAGUGGAGAAACUACUCUCUGAUGAAAGAUUUCAAACCCUAAAGCUGUUCACAAGUGUGUUUGGGGUUGGACCUAAGACGGCUGACAAGUGGUACCGCAGAGGGCUGCGCUCAUUCAACGACGUUCUGACAGACAGCAGCAUCCAGCUCAACCGGAUGCAACAAAGUGGUUUCCUGCAUUAUGGAGACAUCUCAAGGGCUGUCAGUAAAGCAGAGGCCCGAGCCCUGAGGAACAUUAUUGACGAAGCUGUCCAUGUGAUCACACCGGACGCUGUGCUGGCGCUGACAGGUGGCUUUCGCAGGGGGAAAGAAUUUGGUCAUGAUGUGGACUUCAUCGUGACCACACCCGAGCAGGGGAAAGAGGAGACUCUGAUACCCAGAAUCAUUAGCAGACUGACAAAGAAAGGUAUUCUGCUGUACUCUGAAUACCAGGCCUCCACCUUCAACAUGUCCAGGCUUCCCUGCCACAGGUUCGAGGCCAUGGACCACUUUGCAAAGUGCUUUCUGAUCCUGCGGCUGGAGGCCAGCCAAGUCGAGGAGGGUCUGCACCUGGCAGAGGGGGACAGCAGGGGCUGGAGGGCGGUGCGCGUGGACUUGGUGUCGCCGCCCAUGGAUCGUUAUGCCUAUGCUCAGCUGGGCUGGACCGGCUCCAGGCAAUUCGAGAGAGAUCUGAGGAGGUUUGCUCGAUUGGAGCGAGAUAUGCUUUUGGACAACCACGCCCUCUUUGACAAAACCAAGUCAGCCUCAAGUGGACACUUCAGGGACUGCAGUGUUUUGCACUCAUGCAUCAGCUUCAUUUUUCAACACCAGAGGUUUCUGCUUGUUAUUCACUAUAAUGUAUCACAAGCCUUUCAGUUUGAGGAGGCUGGAUAUUUUUCAUGUUGCAAAUUUAUGUCCCUGUACAGACGGAUCUAGCAUCUGCUGUUCUGUGCCGUCUCGGUCACACUGUGAUGUUGAGCGGACCUGAAUAAGGAUAAUUAGCCGUAAUGUAUUUUAGACGAGCUUGAAAUCCAAUUAA